GCACGGCUAAUGACGAGGACGGCCGAAAGAAAACCGAAACUCUCUCUGUGGCGUGUAAACUUUGAGCUAUGACAGAACUUGUGGGCAUGAAACUACUAUCCGAUUUGACUUGACGGGAAACGGCACACUUGCACGCUGUCAGCUUGUUUUCCGAAGGGGAUUCGAGGGCAAUAUCAGCCACUGUUAUGUCGCGAGUGACCCCUGAUUUGGAGUAUAAAACACUAGCGGAGUGUAACUAUUGCUUCCCAGCGGAAGUUCUGGCUGAUGUCAGGGAGGUCACAUCAGCUUUUCCAGAUCUGCAGCUGCAUGUGGACUAUUACUAUUAUCCGAACAAUGACAGAAAGAAGCUGGUUCAUUUGCAUGGGACUGUGCCUAUUGUGUAUGAAGGUAACAAAUACAACAUCCCAGUGUGCAUCUGGAUCCACGAGACCCACCCUCAGAACCCACCACGGUGCUAUGUCUGCCCCGCCCCCUCCAUGGUGAUUAACAGCAGGAGCAGCAGUGUGGAUGCCAAAGGCCACGUUCUUCUUCACUGCCUCAGCAACUGGAAGACUGGUUGGUCCAACCUAUCCAUUGUCUUGGAGGAGAUGGUUUCGGCUUUUCAACGGGAAACGCCUCUUUUUGCCACUUAUCCGGUUAGAACUGCCAAACUACCUCCUGGCACAGAGCAUCCGCCCGUGGAAUGGCAGGAUCGUCCCAAUCCUUCUUCAGCUCAGGGCAGUUGGCCUAACACCAGCACUAACUCUGUACAGAGGAAGUCCUCUCACCCUGAAAUGUCCUCAUCAUCUAUGAGCCAGUCUACCAGCAACACUCUGCCCAAGAGUGCAAAGGGUGCUGGAGAAGGGAGCGGUGUAAAGAGAUCCUACACACAGGAGUUGCUGGACUUUGGAAUUACAUUUGGUACAUCGGAUGUCCAGGACAACCCUCCAACAAAUCCAUUCAUCACCAGCGCUACUGCUCCGAACACAAAUGUCUCCAACCCAGAUGACAUCAACAACCUGUUUAAAAGCCUUCAGCUGGAAAGGGUUGUCAACAUUUAUCAGCUUGACCACAAAGAUAAAGAUAUUCCACGUGCCUGGAGAUGUGGUGACAGUCGCUUUGCCCAGCCAGGGUUGUUGGAUAAUCGGCACAGGGUGUUGGUCAGCCGCCUCCCCACGGGAGUCUCUCCUAACAGGAUGAAGAAUAAGCUCACUAUUUACUUCCAAAGGAAACAGAAUGGCGGAGGGGAGGUUGUUGGAGUGACCUACCCUUUUGCUCAGCCAGAUCAGGCCGUGAUCACCUUCAGACACUACAGAGAUGCAGAGCAUGUCCUAAAAGAACCAAAACGGGUCGUCACGGUGGACGAACAGCAAAUUCUCAUCCGGCUGAAAAAGUUUCAGGGCUCUCAGGUACCAGUCCCGGAGGGUGUUGAGGGUGAGAAAGCCGACAUGUUCAGGAGCAUCCUGAGCCUGGAGGGUUGCAGCUUCAGCCCUACCGAUGUGCUGGAAGCGGUGCAGGCGUGCCGAGACCUCCCGUCCGCUCUCAAAUACCUCUCUCAUGACUGCCCCAUCUGCCAGGAACAGAUGUCCUUCAGUAAGAUGAUCACCAUGACGCAUUGCUCAUGUACAUUCUGUGAAAGCUGUUUCAAGGCCUACUUCUCAUCCGUUAUUAAAGAGAAGAGCAUCGUCCACGCGGUUUGCCCGCUGUGUAACCAGCCUGAUGUGCGCGGGGCAGGACGCAGGGAGGAAUCAAUGGAGUACUUCAGUCUGUUGGACACACAGAUCAGACAUUAUCUGGACCCGCAGACGCACGAGCUGUUUCAAAGGAAGCUGAGGGACCAGGCUCUGCAGGAGAUGCCGAACUUCCGCUGGUGUGCUCACUGUUCUUUUGGGCUCCUCCAUGAGGCUGACAGACUGAGGAUGGAUUGUCCCAGCUGUGGAAAGAGCACAUGCUUUAAAUGCAAGAAUCCUUGGGCUCCUCAACAUGAAGGACUUUCGUGCGAGAAGUUCAGAGAGUGGCAGCUACUCAACAGCCCUGAAUAUCAGAACUCGCGUUUGGAGCUCCUUCUCAGCAGAAACAAAAUAGAUUGCCCAAAAUGCAAGUUCCGGUUCUUUCUGUCUAAAGGUGGUUGUUUACACUUUAAAUGCACUCAGUGCCAGCACGAGUUUUGUGGAGGCUGCAGUCGACCAUUCAGAAGCGGCUCUGCAUGUGAUUUCUCAGCUGAAUGCAGCACUAAGGGGUUACAUGCCCACCAUCCCAGGGACUGCCUGUACCACCUCAGAGACUGGAAUGUGGCCAGAUUGCGCAAACUGCUGCAGCACCAUGGAGUUGCACACCCACUCAUAUUCAGGCAGAGGGAUGGCUCUGUGGAGAGCGGUCGGAGAGGUGUGUGUGCUGUGCUGGAACUCAAAGAGACGGGCAGCAUGAGAGAAGAGGCCUGUGGACGUUUGGCGUUCAAAGAAUAUAACGGUUACUGCACCCUGCAUUACAAGGAGUGUCUGGUGGAGCUGAUCAACCAGAAUGGACUGGAUCCUGUGGUGCUGUUUGAAGAGUCAGAACUGCGGGCAGAACUGGACCGGUGGAAGGUUCCCAUCCCGGACAAACAUCCUCACGAAUCAGAAAGGCUCUACAAUGAGCGCCUACGGCAGAUCCUGAUGGAGAGGGUUGGUUUGACUCAUGCUGUUGCUCCAGGACUAAAACCCCUAGCUCCUCCAACACCGUCCCCCUCUCCCUCCUCCCCCCCGGCUGCUGGUGCACCAUGGUACUCUGUGCUGAACCCGAGCAGAUCCGUACCCGAGGACUCCCAGCUGCUGCUGCUGCUGAACGACUGAGACUGGACGCUCAUCACACACCCCAAAUACACCCACCCUGCCAGUGCGCCCAGCACCGACCCGGUCCUGUCUUAACACACCAUGAGCAGGUCUGAGGUUUUGUUGCAGCUAAAGAGUAACACACCUGACCAAGCUGGAGCAGUAACCUUCACUGCUUACCCAUGUUAUGUGCAGUGCAGUCUGUAAGUAUUUGCAACGUGACAUAUUUUUUGUUCUUUUGGCUUUAUAGUCCAGCAAAUUGGGUUUGACGUUAAAUGACUAUCAAGAUAAAGUGCAGAAUGUCAGCUUUACUGUAAGGCAUUUGUCUGUAUUUGGUGAAUUAUGCUUUUGUACAUAGAGACCCAUUGAUGACCCAUGUAUAUUGGAGCUAGAUUUUCAGUUCAAGCCAUAAAUAGAUCAAAUAUCAAAAACGCACAUCAAAAAGAACACACACGUGUGUGUGUGUGUGUGUGUGUGUGUGU